ACAUUGCCUUAUCUAAAUCUUUGUGCUGUCUUUGUUUCCCUCCAAACACAAACUAUCCCAAAUCAAAUGCACCAAACUUCAACAAUCCCCACCUGGGAACCACAUCAUACUCUUCGAUCAAUCCCUCCAUACCUACCAUAGUUUUAGCUCUUAACUCCUACCCUUCCACUUCUAAUGGCUGCCAAGUUAGCCAUUACUUCAACAUCCCCUCAGUUACACACUGCCCCUAUUAAAAGACCCUUAGUUCCUAUUUCUUCGUUUGUGUCUUCUUUGUCUUCUUAUACAAGAGCUCAAACAGUUCAAUUCAAUGGAAGACACUUGUGCCUUCGACGCCAAGUUUUGGUACUUCCCACGAAGGCCACAGCUGACCAACAAGACCAGGUUGAAGGAAGUGAUGUUGUUGACGGUAAAAUCCUUCCAUAUUGUAGCAUAGACAAAAAAGAGAAAAAGUCAAUUGGGGAACUUGAACAAGAGUUUCUUCUAGCACUACAAUCAUUCUAUUAUGAGGGAAAAGCUAUCAUGUCAAAUGAGGAAUUUGAUAAUCUCAAGGAAGAACUGAUGUGGGAAGGAAGCAGCGUUGUCAUGCUAAGUUCUGAUGAGCAGAAGUUUCUUGAAGCUUCAAUGGCUUAUGUAGCUGGGAAACCAAUUAUGAAUGAUGAAGAGUAUGAUAAUUUGAAGUUGAGGCUCAAGUCGGAAGGGAGUGAAAUUGUAGUUGAGGGUCCACGAUGCAGUCUCCGCAGUAAAAAGGUUUACAGUGACCUGAGUGUUGACUAUUUGAGGAUGUUCCUGUUGAAUGUCCCAGCGACCGUUGUUGCAUUAGGAUUGUUUUUCUUCCUUGAUGAUAUUACCGGAUUUGAAAUUACUUAUCUACUGGAGCUCCCUGAGCCAUUCAGUUUCAUUUUCACAUGGUUUGCUGCUGUGCCCCUCCUUGUUUGGCUAGCUCUCUCACUUACAAAUGUGAUUGUGAAAGAUUUUUUGAUCUUGAAGGGGCCAUGUCCAAACUGUGGUACUGAAAACAACUCCUUCUUUGGGACCAUACUAUCAAUUUCUAGCGGCGGUACCACCAACAGUGUUAAAUGCACAAAUUGUGGAACUGAGAUGGUAUAUGACUCAAACACACGCUUAAUUACAUUGCCAGAAGGAAGUAAUGCUUGAUUCAAGGCUAUUUUGCUGCAGGAUCAAUACAUUUUAAGGGAUUUGCAAUAUCACAGUUACUAACCUAUGACGUUGGAGAUGAAGGGCUAAGGGCUUCACGUUGAAGAUAGAGAUAAAGCGUUUCACGUUAUGUAUAUAUAUCCUGAGUCAUCGUUUGUGAAGGGGGGAAAUUUUUAGUGUUGUAAACUGAAUCGCAACUCAACCGUUCAUUGUGUUGAUAUUGUAUUUAUAAGUAAAUCUGUAUGACAAUUGUGUUGAUAGUGUAUUUAUAAGUAAAUCUUUGCUCGUACUUAUACCUAUUACAGGCUCACACAGGGAAGAGAAGGGUGUGUUACUUGAAUGAACAUCCUAUAUAUCUAAUAAAAUUAUGUAUGUGAAAUUGUUAUUUCAA